AUGUCGACGGAAAAGAAAAACAUCAAGCCCACAAUACCACUAAAACUUCUGGUUGACGAGAAGAAAACCCGAGUCCUCGCGGCGGAAGCCACCAGUGAUUUCGUCAAUGUUUUGCUCAGUUUCCUCACACUUCCACUGGGAACUGUGGUUCGUGUCACGAAAAACAAUCCCGGUUCCAUUGGCUGCAUGAACAACUUGAUGAGUUAUUAUCCUAACACGACGUGUAUUUGUGGAGACAUAGCCAACGAAGAGACGUCUGAAGGGUCUCAACCCUCGGAUCCAGAAUGUUUUGUUAAAAGAAGUACCAUGUGUGUGAUUACAGAUGAUCUGCAGGUGCUACCUGGAAAUCCGAUUUCUCUGGUGCAGGUGCUAUGUAAUUUGGGUUUCAGCGAUGUCGAUCAGGUUGAGGAGUUGUCUGUUGAUGUUGGAUUAGACGAGGUUUCUAAGUUGCUUAAGCAUUCUUUGGUAUCGAAGACUCCUCUGACAGAUGUAUUCUUGGGCAAAAGGAAACUUGCAAAUAUUUCGAUACCACCUGUGGAUCCAAGAAGUUCACCUUCACCAAGCAGUGAAAAUCGAACAUUGCCAAAUCAUACUGAAUUCCGGGUUAAGUUAAUUUUAAGCAAGUCUCAAAACAAGAUAUUGGGUUUGUUAGCAAGGGAAGAUUUUAUCGAUUUUCUCUUCAGCCUUUGUACAGUUCCGCUUGGAUCAGUGGUAAAGCUUUUGGACUUGAACUCUGGAUUAGGAUGCAUAGAUAACUUGUACAGAACGGUAGAGUGUUUGGGCUCGGAGUGGCUUGCUAUUUCCAAGAAUGAAAUAAUAAAUGCUGGAGUUCUGAAACAAUACAAGUGCAAAAAUCAUCCAUUGCAAAUUCCUGAUGCUAAAAUCAUACCGUACCUUCUCGACCCAAGGAGCCCAACUGGUUCCUAUGAUUUUGGAAGAUUUAUGGAGGCACCACGCUUGUAUGUAGUGUCAGACAACUUGAUAGUGACACCGGUAUCUUCUCCGUCCAGUAUUAGCUUCCUAAAAGAACUACAUGUACCUCUCAAUGAUAUUGAAGAGAAGGAAGAAACUUUACACGAAGCUGAGGUAAAUUCUAGAGUCAGUUUUGUUUUGUGUAGUAUGGGAGAUUGUAGAGCAAUUUCUUUCUCCUCUUCAUACUCCUCGUAUGAGAAAUUGAUGAUUCGUGCUUCUGUAACAGGCUCUUGCUUUGUUGAAGGUUUUUUUAACUUCAUCAUCAGCUUUGAAUAA